AUGCCCGAGGGCGGCUGUGGCGACGGUGGGGAGGUGCCUGCGCUCAUCCCGGACGGCGAGCCGCUUCGGGAGGAGCAGCGGCCCCUGAAGCAGUCCUUUGGAAGCUCCCUGUGCCGGGAGUCGCACUGGAAGUGCCUGCUCCUCACACUGCUCAUCCAUGCCUGCGGGGCUGUGGUGGCUUGGUGUCGCCUCGCCACGGUGCCACGUCUGGUCCUGGGGCCCGAGGCAGCCUUGGCACGUGGGGCAGGGGGUCCUCCACCCACCUACCCGGCCAGCCCCUGCUCGGAUGGUUACUUGUACAUCCCACUGGCCUUUGUCUCCCUCCUCUACCUCCUCUACCUGGCUGAGUGCUGGCACUGUCACGUGCGGUCAUGCCAGGCACCUCGCACGGACGCCAACACCGUGCUUGCUCUGAUCCACCGGCUACAGCAGGCCCCGCCCUGCGUCUGGUGGAAGGCCACCAGCUACCACUACGUGCGGCGCACACGCCAGAUCACCCGCUACCGCAACGGCGAUGCCUACACCACCACGCAGGUCUACCACGAGAGGGCCGACAGUCGCACUGCACGCGGCGAGUUUGACUACUCUGCCCACGGGGUCCGCGACGUUUCCAAGGAGCUGGUGGGCCUGGCCGAUCAUGCGGCCACGCGCCUCCGCUUCACCAAGUGCUUCAGCUUCGGCAGCGCUGAGGCCGAGGCCUCGUACCUCACGCAGCGCGCGCGCUUCUUCAGCGCCAACGAGGGCCUGGACGACUACCUGGAGGCCCGCGAGGGCAUGCACCUGAAGGAUGUGGACUUCCGCGAGUCCCUCAUGGUCUUCGCAGACCCCCGCAGCCCGCCCUGGUAUGCGCGCGCCUGGGUCUUUUGGCUGGUGUCAGCAGCCACGCUGUCCUGGCCACUGCGCGUGGUGGCGGCCUAUGGCACCGCCCACGUGCACUACCAGGUGGAGAAGCUGUUCGGCGCCAGCUCGCCCCCUCCGGGGGCCGUGCCCAGCGGGCCGCCUCUCUCCCGUGUGGCCACGGUGGACUUCACCGAGCUCGAGUGGCACAUCUGCUCCAACCGACAGCUGGUGCCCAGUUACUCAGAGGCUGUGGUCAUGGGCGCCGGUUCCGGCGCCUACCUGCGCGGCUGCCAGCGCUGUCGCCGCUCUGUCAGCAGCAACUCGCUGCCCCCUGCCCGGCCCAGUGGGCCCCGCCUGCCCUUCAGCCGCAGCCGCCUUUCCCUGGGUGCAGGAGGCCGGGCCACGCCUGGGGUCUUCCGCAGCCUGAGCGGGGGGCCACUAGGGCGCCGCGGAGAGGACACGGAGCCCCUGGAAAGCCCACCGUGCUAUGAGGAUGCCCUUUACUUCCCGGUGCUCAUUGUCCACGGGGACAGUGGCUGCCGGGGGGAUGGGCAGGGUGCACUCUGAGAGCCCCAGAGCCACCCCUCACCAUGGGCAGAGAUACCUGAAUAACUGUCCAAAACACGAGGGAGAACAGACCAGCCACACAUCAGGGGUGGGGGCGGGGCCGGGGUUCCCUAAACUAAAGCGCAGUGACCUGUGUCAUUCAUGGGA